AGCAGCGACCCCGUCACACGGUGGAGCUCAGUUGUGUUUUGGUGCUCGCGAGAAUCGUUUCUAGCUUGUCUUAUAUUUGGCCGUGAUCGUUGUCGGAAUUCAAUUACACUUGUGCGGUGAAUAUUUUGGUGUAAGUGAAAAUUUAUCGGUAGAAAGCGGUGAAAGGCGGAGAGGUGUUUACGGAUAGAAGGAAGAUUUAAAACGUGCAAAGCAAAAUUAUUGAUUGUGUGUAAAUUUGGUGUGUUGCUGUCGGUGCCAUUUGUGCAUGCUGUCACGGAGAAAGGAGAAAAAGAACAUUUAACAAACAAACGCCCUCGGAUCGUGCCCAGAGCCCGGAUCGAAGCCAACCUCCCCCGGCUUGUGCAGAGAAGAAGUUUUGUCGACUUACUUGCGUGGUUGAAGAAAAAAGUGAGUGUAUAUUAAUCUAAAAGUGUCAUCCCCAUCGGAAGCGUUCUGUUAAACAAGAAAGUAAACGGAAAAGUUGUACCACCUACACGUGGCUAGCACAAUUUUCACUUCACGCCGCAGUAAAUUUAGUCGUUGCAAAACGUGCGUGUCUGUGUGUUUGUGUGAUCACGGGUGAUCCCAGCAAUCGGAAUUAUUUAGUUUUGUUCGUGUGAAUUGAAUCAAAUUUGAAAACCGUCAGCUGGGCUAGUCUCUCAGCACAGGAGUGUCAGCAAGUGCUAUUCCGUGUUUCGGACUAACUAGCCAGUCAAGUGUGAAAAUUGGAAAAAGUUUUUAAUUAAACUUUACGAUUCAUUCGGAGCCAUCGUUAUCGACACGUGUGCGUUUUGUGCCGGGUGAUUAUCGAUUUACCGGUGGCAAAGGCACAGCUCGGCUAGCCGAAAGUAAGCAGUACCCAUCGGAAGGUUGAUUUUUGGUGAAGGUACCUACCAAUAUUCAGAUUGAUCCGGACUACCCAUUGAAGCACACCCAGUGUGUGAGUGUGUGAGAAAGAAAGAGAGAGAGAGAGGAAGUGUGGCAACGAGAGGACCCACCACAGUCCUCGAAAAUUUUAAACAGAUUAAGCUCCACCAUUUGGGUGACACAAUAGAGCGCGAUGCAGUGCGGUGUUGAAACCAUGAAUGACUGUGAACGAUCGCCGGGUCGCACCGGCCUAAGGGUCAAUUUUACCGAGAAGGGUGAGGUGAAGGAGCGCCGGGAGAAAUUCCUCACCGCUAAGUACGGUUCGCAUCAGAUGAGUCUCAUCCGGAAGCGGCUGGCGGUGGAAAUGUGGCUGUACGAUGAACUGCAGAAGCUGUUCGAUCCCCCCACGGAAGCGAUAGAUGUAGAUAUCGACGAAAUCCUCGACAUGGACACCGAUGACAUCAGAAGAUCUCACUUAUUUAGCCUACUGUCCGCAUGUAAACGACCUCCCCAAGACAUAUCGAAAUUCAUCAGCGAUUUACUGGACCGGGCAAAGACCCUCUGAGCUGGACUGGUCAUUUCAGUUUAAAUAAUGUAAUUUUAAAUACUUCACAAGUAAGAACACACUUUGCUAAGGAAAUGAAAGUGUUAAUAUAAUCUAUCGAAAGACAGUUAAGAAAAAGGCGUCCGAUCGUCCGAUCACGAGCGUCCUUUAUUUGAUAAGGCAAACUACAUAAGGAAAAAUAAAUUGUACUGCAAAACAAAGGCUCAACACAGCUAAUUAAAAUCGCAAACGAAUUAAACUUUGAAAUUGGGUUUCGAGCAGCCUUGGCCAAUGUAAGGAUAAAUAUCUUGAUAAACUAGUAAGUGAAUGAUUUAAGUAUAAUCUUAGGGUACAGUUUUGCCUCAACACUAAGAUUAACUGCGUGUUUAGUUAUUAUUUUACUUUCGGUUAAGGUAUUAAGAGGGCUGUUUCAGUUCAGAUCACUUGAGUUCUGUAACAUCGAAAAACGUUGUUUUUAGAUCAGGCUGCUAUAGAAAUAAUACUAAAAAAGAUACAAUACAAAACAAAACCAAGAAAGAUUUGAUUUUUCUUCUAAACUUUAAUUGUACGGAACUACAUAGAUUGAGUGAAACAGGCAGAAAAAAAAUAGACAGAUACAAAUUAUGCUGUAAGUAAUUUAAAGAAACGAAAAAGUUCGCUUACUUUGUAAACUACUUUACGUUUAAGUGUUUCUGAAAAUCUUGUUCUAGAAUCAGCAAAGUCCUCUUCUUUUUCUUCCGUAUCUAAUUGGGAUUUUUUGUGUUUCAUAGUUCAACACUGCCAGGAUUCUACCAUGCUUCCACCUGGACGUGUGACUGAGUUUUUGCUCAAACAAACUGCGCAGAUACUUUUCUGAUUGGUUAGAUAUUUUAAUUUGGGUUACUUUCAGUUGAUUUCAUCUAAACGAAUUGGUUAUGUAAAUCGUUUGAUACACGUGUUUCAGUUUAAUAAACGAUGUUCGCUCCGAUAAACAUAUUCAUUCUUGUACGCGAUGAAAGCUUUAGAACCGUAAAUUUGGGACAGUAAUUGGUCAACACGGACAAUUCCAAAGAGUCAGUUGAAUACGAAAGAGCAAACCUAAUGACAAAUACGAAACCGACGAUUGCACUGACAAUGAGGUGAAAAUAAUGAAAAAGUCAAUAACUAAACUAAUUCGCUAUCAUUCAUGUUCAUAUUUAAUUUAAUGGCUUUUGAAGGACUUUGCUUCUUUCAUUCUGAUAUAAAGUAUUGGCUAUGUGUUAACUGCUGCUGCUCGAACAUUUAUUUUAUCAUCAAUCAUCAUCAUGUUAUCAUAUCAUCGAAAAGAUAGAACAAUUACAACAAAUUAUCUUAACAUAAACACAUAUUACUUCUGCUAAAAUAACAGUCUAUAAAAAUGCGAUGUUUGGUAGUGUAUUCACUGUUCGACUACUGAAAUACUAAUACACCCUUACAGAGUGCGAAUGAUUACAAACCUGGUUUAGAAUUGAGCUAGCUCACACCUGUCUAAAUUAAAACUGUCAAUAAAACCCACUAGCAAAGAAGAAUAACUGUCCCUGAAGGUGGUAGAAUAGAUCCCUUUACACAAAUACACAAAAAAAACAAACAAUAGAAGUGUAGUAUUGAAAGUGAACAAUUGAAAGAAAAGUAAUAGCUUUAGCUUUUAUUGAAAGAUAAAUAAUUAAAAUCAGCUCUGUAUAAGAAAAAUCUAUUGAUGAGCCGAACCGAGAAUUCAUUGAUCCGAAAACGAAGCAAGCCAAAGCAAUUGUUGACAUUUUUGACGGCAGUUCAUCAGUCCUGCGGGUAUCGAAUGACCCAAUAAAUGUGACCCCUGCACACAGACACACAUACAGAGAAUCCCACAUCGUACAAUCCCAAUGUCUACUAAGAUUCUUGCUCAGAAAAGCAACAAUAGGAAAAUAGAGACCCAUCAUAGACGACGAAAACAACUCAUUCAUGAAUGGAGUGCGUAUAAUAGAUAGUGUCUCAAUUUGCAGUUUGAUUUUAAUAACCGCAGGGUUCGUGAAAAAAUAUAAAAUACAAAACAGCAUAAAGCGAUGUGGAUUGAUAGAAACAAAAUAAAAAUGCGAAAAAAAACUAUAAAAUUUACAUAAAAAUAUCAAAAA